ACCACCCCGCAUCAAGUACUCUCUUCUGGCUUGCAGUAUAAUGUUGGUGGAGCUGAGAGAGAACACGUUAGCCUCAGAGCUCCUCGAUACUUGAUCAGUCAAAGUCAGCCAGCACCAUCCUUAUUUCGAAGUUUCUCUUGUUCAAUCACGUUCUUCUACAUUCUUGAUUCCGAACGGACAAAAUCGGUUUACGCCCACAAAACAAAUCAGCACCAAUCUGGAACUGUUACCGAUCCAAAAUUAUGACGAAUUCACAAGAAAGCGAAAUGAAUUCCAUGCACUCUGUCUAUGAGGUUGGUCACCAAGUAUUCAUUAAGAGCGAAUUCAUUGAGUCGGAUACCAGUCCUGCCUCUCAGUUGGUGGAAAGUGAUGAUGAUGACAGUUUUUUCUGUGAGGAAAAUGGACCAAAUAGCCAAGCUACAAAGUCAUCCAGUUCGCCCAUUGAUUUACCCACACCCACAAAACCCGACACCAAUGAGGAGCAUGAUUAUCCGGACGCGCCGGUCGUAACGGUGCUGAAAAUUAAGAGUGAACCUUCCGAAUCGCCCGAACCUGAAAUUUUUCCCGACAGGGAAGACGAGAAAAAUUAUUCAGGAGAAGACAUUCGCCCUCCUCUUACUUAUUUUUCACCUCCCGUGAGUAACACGGAGUGUUCGUCAGCCGUAUCCACCAUAGUGAAGACUGAAACUAUCGACGAGGAGAGUAAUGUCGAGGAUCCUUUACGGAUUGAUUUCGGCAUGAGUCAUGACAGAACUUUUCAAUCGUCCGAAUUUUCGCACGAUCUGAAAAGCGAGGAUAGAGAACAUCAGCCAGAACGCAUCAUUGAAAACCCCUCUCAUUACUCUAGGGUAUCUUCGACUGAUCGUAGUUCAAAUGACGGUGAUCAGGCAAAUUCGGAAGCAUCAAGACCAUCUGAAAUGCCCACAAGAGCAGACCAAGUAAAUUCGCAUGUUGAAUCUAUCAGUGAGGAAUGUGCGUCACUGCUUCAGUCCGGCAAGAAACCAUUCAGUUGCAGUUAUUGCGCUGCCGCCUUUGCGCACAGGAGUGAGUUUACGAUUCACGUGCGAAAACACACCGGCGAGAAACCAUUCAGUUGCCCUGAGUGUUCCGCCUCCUUUUCCCGCAAGUCAACUUUGAAUCGCCAUACACUACUACACACCGGCGAGAAACCAUACCGCUGCAGCAAUUGCUCUGCCUCUUUUGCCCAAAAAGUAGCUCUACUGGGACACAUGCGAACGCACACCGGCGAAAAACCAUUCAGUUGUCCCGAUUGCUCCGCCACUUUUACCCUUAAAACAACCUUAACCCGACAUCUGUUGCUACACACCGGCGAGAAACCAUUCAGUUGCAGUCAUUGCCCCGCCUCGUUCACUCAAAAACACCAUUUGACCGUGCACAUGCAGAUGCAUGGCGGGGAGAAACCAUUCAGUUGUAGUCUUUGCUCUGCUUCCUUCUGGCAUAAGAGUGAUUGCACGCGUCACAUGCAGAAGCACACUGGCGAGAGACCAUUCAGUUGCAGUCAUUGCCCCUUGACCUUCCUACUCAGCAGUGACCUUGCGCGUCAUAUGCGGAAGCACACCGGUGAAAAACCAUUCAAAUGCUGCGAUUGUUCCGCCUCCUUUGCCCUCAAGUCGACUUUACUGCGACACGUAGCACUCCACGCCCGUGAGAAACCAUUCAGUUGCAGUCAUUGCUCUGCCUCUUUCGGCCAUAAAAACCAUUUGAAUACACACGUAAACCAGGUGCACACUCCUAAAAAACCAUCAAGUUCCUCCGAUGGCUCUGUCUAACUUGCCAUUUUAUCAACUUUAACCCGACGUUCAUAACUGAACAGUCGUGAGAAACCAUCCAGUUGCGAUCAUUUUUCUAGUCUUCUCCACAAAAUUGCUGUUUGAAGUUAGGAAAUGCCGUACAAGAGAACACAUGGAAACGAUCACCGGUGGGGAACCGUUCAGUCGCAAUACUUAUCCAGCUUCAUUCACUCAGGAAGGCAAUUUAAACGCUGGCGUACGAAUGCAUACUAGUGAGAAAUCA